CGGGGUAUAAUAAAAUAUAUAUGAAUAAUUCAUAGUGUUCAAGAAAACUAUAGUGAUAUGUUACUUUUAAAGAAUAAUAUAUUUAAACAUUUUAAUAUGUUUAUUUUAAAAAGAGUGUUUAUAUAAAAAAAUAACUUAAAUAUGUCUUAUACUGAACUUGAAAGUGGUUAUCAAGGUCUAAGGGAAUCAAACAGACCGGCACAAUUUUUUGUUGGUGAAGAUGGAAAUUUUGUGUCAAUUGAUAACAGCAAGGCCACUGAAUCUGAUUUAUGCUCAGAUUCAGAUGCAGAAGGUUCCAUGGCAGAAGGCAAGCAAGUUGUUGUCGGAGUAUGUGCCAUGGCAAAGAAAUCACAAUCAAAACCCAUGAAAGAAAUUCUAACACGAUUAGAGGAAUUUGAGUUUCUUAAAAUCAUUGUUUUUCCUGAGGAAGUAAUUUUAAAGACUCCUGUUGAAGACUGGCCAGUUUGUGAUUGUUUAAUAUCAUUUCAUUCCAAUGGAUUUCCUUUAGAUAAAGCUAUUCAAUACGCCACCCUUCGAAAUCCAUAUGUAAUCAAUAAUCUUCAUAUGCAAUAUGAUAUUCAGGAUAGAAGAAAAGUAUAUUCAAUAUUAGAUAGCGAAGGAAUUGAAAUACCACGGUAUGCAGUAUUAGACCGAGAUUCACCUGAUCCAAAACAUCACGAAUUAAUUGAAUCUGAGGACCAUGUAGAAGUUAAUGGUGUUGUAUUUAAUAAGCCUUUUGUGGAAAAGCCGGUGUCUGCUGAAGAUCAUAAUAUUUAUAUUUAUUACCCAACGUCGGCCGGAGGUGGCAGUCAAAGAUUAUUCAGAAAGAUUGGUAGCAGAAGUAGUGUAUAUUCACCAGAGUCAAGGGUCAGGAAAACGGGAUCCUUCAUUUAUGAAGAUUUUAUGCCCACAGACGGGACAGAUGUCAAAGUUUACACUGUGGGCCCGGACUACGCCCACGCUGAGGCCCGCAAGAGUCCGGCACUCGAUGGGAAAGUGGAGAGGGACAGCGAGGGAAAAGAAAUCAGGUAUCCGGUAAUACUAUCAAAUGUAGAGAAACUGAUUUCAAGGAAGGUCUGUUUAGCAUUUAAACAAACUGUCUGUGGAUUCGAUUUACUAAGGGCAAAUGGAAAAUCGUUUGUAUGUGAUGUGAAUGGUUUUAGUUUUGUUAAAAAUUCGAAUAAAUAUUAUGAUGAUAGUGCCAAAAUUUUGGGAAAUAUGAUUUUGCGAGAGUUGGCACCUACGCUGCAUAUUCCAUGGUCAGUGCCAUUCCAACUAGAUGAUCCUCCAAUUGUACCCACCACUUUUGGGAAAAUGAUGGAACUUAGAUGCGUAGUUGCGGUAAUCAGACACGGUGAUCGAACUCCUAAACAAAAAAUGAAAGUAGAAGUUAGGCAUCCUAAAUUCUUUGAAAUUUUUGAAAAAUAUGAUGGAUAUAAGAAUGGCCAUGUAAAAUUAAAACGCCCAAAACAACUUCAAGAAAUAUUGGAUAUUGCACGAUCUCUUCUAUCAAAAAUUCAAACCAGGGCGGCGGACGUAGAAAUUGAAGAAAAGCAGGGCAAACUGGAACAGCUGAAAAGUGUACUCGAAAUGUACGGUCAUUUUUCUGGCAUAAAUCGUAAAGUUCAAAUGAAAUACCAACCUCGUGGACGUCCCAGAGGAUCAAGUUCAGAUGAUGGUAACAGUUCAUCACACACUAACAGCACGACUGGAGAACCUAAAGAGCCAUCUCUGGUUCUAAUAUUGAAAUGGGGCGGCGAAUUAACUCCUGCUGGUAGAAUACAGGCAGAAGAGCUUGGACGGAUGUUCCGGUGCAUGUAUCCAGGAGGGCAGAGCAGGCAACUGAACGGUGAAUCCGGCGGAGCUCAAGGUUUAGGACUAUUACGUUUGCAUUCCACAUUCCGGCAUGAUUUGAAGAUAUACGCUUCUGAUGAAGGACGAGUUCAGAUGACCGCAGCUGCUUUUGCGAAAGGUUUACUAGCCCUGGAAGGCGAACUCACACCAAUAUUAGUUCAGAUGGUGAAGAGUGCAAACACAAAUGGUUUAUUGGAUAAUGAUUGUGAUUCUAGUAAAUACCAGAAUAUUGCGAAAUCUCGACUUCAUGAACUAAUGCAGCAGGAUCGAGAGUUCACAGUCGAAGAUCGAAUGCGCAUCAAUCCAGGAAAUGCCUUGAGUAUUAACCAGGCUUUAGAUUUUGUCAAGAAUCCUGUAAAGUGCUGUGCACAUGUUCAGAAGCUUAUACAGCAACUUAUAGAAAUUGUACAACUUAAGAAAGACGAUAUAAAAACCAAAGAUGCAAAUUUAUAUCACGGUGAAACAUGGGAACUAAUGGGUAGAAGAUGGGGUAAAAUUGAAAAAGACUUUUGCCAGAAAAAUAAAACUUUCGAUAUUUCGAAAAUUCCUGAUAUAUAUGACUGCAUUAAAUAUGAUCUACAACAUAAUCAGCACACUCUGCAGUUUGAACAAGCUGAAGAAUUAUAUACCUAUUCAAAAUAUUUGGCAGACAUCGUUAUACCACAGGAAUAUGGAUUAACGAUGCAAGAAAAGCUUACAAUUGGCCAAGGAAUCUGCACACCCUUACUGAAAAAAAUCCGCGCAGAUUUACAAAGAAAUAUAGAAGAAACAGGCGAUGAAACUGUUAAUAGACUAAAUCCCAGAUAUAGUCAUGGUGUCUCUAGUCCUGGUCGUCAUGUUAGAACUAGAUUAUACUUUACAAGUGAGAGUCAUGUUCACUCCUUGUUAACUGUACUAAGACAUGGAGGAUUGCUUGAUGUAUUAUGCGACGAGCAGUGGCGUAGAGCAAUGGAAUAUGUAUCAAUGGUUUCUGAAUUAAACUAUAUGGCGCAAAUUGUCGUGAUGCUUUAUGAAGAUCCUACCAAGGAAUUGUUCUCUGAAGAGAGGUUCCAUGUGGAGUUGCACUUUAGCCCUGGUGUAAAUUGUUGUGUUCAGAAAAAUUUACCUCCUGGCCCUGGAUUUAGACCACACAGCAGAAAUGAUUCUGUGACUAGUAGGACAACGAGCGGCGAUGAGGAGGCUCCAUCUAGAAUUGAAGAAGAGGCAGAAAUUGCCAUGGAUGAAGAUAAUUCUAAUACUGGAUCUACAACUACAUCUAAUGCAUCUACAGUUAAGGACGUCAUGAUGGAUGUUGAUUCUACAAGAGCCGAUAUGGCUUUACAUAAGCCAAGAGUACAUACCAUUUCAGAACCGAUUGCUAUUGGGAAUUGUCAUACCGUUAGUGGCCAUGAAGCUUCUGAUCUUGCUAAAUUAUUGAGUGCUGAGCUAUCAAACCAGCAGCAAAAGCAGCCUCAUGGUUCUAAUCGUGCAAUGAGUCCGGAAUGUGCAAUGCGGGCUAAGAGUUACGACCACCACAGGCACGAGGACGUUACUGGCGAUGCGGCAACGUCGGUCGCUUCGACGUCCCGUCGGUCGCCAAGACGGUCGCAGCGACACAGUAUUGCGGGACAGAUGAGCUACUUCAAGAUGUUAGGUUUCGGUUUCGGCAAGAAAAUGGCCUCCACUGGCGGAACUGCAGCAGCUGCAGGAGGAUUGUUCAGCACAGCUGUGAUUAGCGGAAGUUCGUCGGCGCCAAAUCUGAGAGAUAUGAUUGCUAGUACGGCUUCGCCAUCUGCAUUAGAAGGUUUUGGAGGCGUUCCGCCUAUCCGACCUUUGGAGACUUUACAUAAUGCUUUAUCUUUGCGCCAGUUGGAUAGGUUUCUGCAGCGUGUUACGGGUUCAAAUCAGGCCCCGAGAACGCCAUCGCAAACUGCUUCGGGAACACCAACUUUAGCCGCAUGUACACGUGAUGACCGAGGUGAAAUAUCACCAGGAAAUAACAGUCGAUCAUCAAAUUGGAACGGUGCUUCAGGGGCAUCUAGCAUAUGCAGUUCAAUUUGUCCAGCAAGCACAGAAUCUAGUGGCGGACCAUCUUCACCCAAUGGACCUUCCGAUUACUAUUCUAGAGGAAGCAGUGAUUUGUCUGCUAUAAGUAGUGAUGGGUAUAUGGCAUUAACUACUGCUCCAUCCAUAUCUGGUUUAUUUCCUGCUGUCGGUGGUGACUUAGGUAACGUAGGAUUACGUCUAGAUGGUAAUACCUGUCCGACUCCAGAUGCUCCUCUAGCUGUUGGUGAAGACAGUGGGGAUUUAACACCAGUCUCAACCGGGUCAGAAUGGGAGUUCAAUACAAAUGAUACAACAAUGACUACAGACACAGACAUUCCACUUUCUACUGACCUUAAAAAUGAAUAAUUGAAAUUUUAGAAAAUUGUUGUUUUUUUAGAAAAUGGUGAUUUGUGUAACAAUUUUCAACUGCCAUUUUUAGAU